AGUUCAGCGACGUCACCUCUUCAGGACUGGAAAAGUUCGUAUAAAGUUCGUUCUAAAAGUUAUGUCACAGAAGGAUAAUGAACGUGGGCCGUCGACUAAACCAGAACAGAUGUCGAGAGAAGCGGAGGACUGUCAGCCGGCAGGUAAUGAUGAAGAGGAGCGUCCAGGAAAGAGACAGGCUGGCACACAUAACCUGACCCGUCAACCUGCAGCCUCGCAAGUUUACACUGCAAGUGCUGCAACGAUUUUUGAGACGAAAAAAAUUGCGACAAAACAAGCACUGUCACCAGAAUGGGUGUAUGGGAUGAAUGGUGUUGUCCCUGUGAUCAGUCUGCAAGACCAUGAUGAGUUAGUGGUUGUAUAUGCUGCAGCUCAUCUUGGGGUCAUAUACAAUCACACCUCAAACUCCCAGCACUUACUCCAGGGUCACCAUAGCUGCAUCUCAUGUUUGUGUGUAAGUGAAGAGAGACGGUGGAUUGCAACAGCCGACAAGGGGCAGAACUGCAUGGUGAUGAUAUGGGAUUCCUACUCCGGCAUUCCAGUGUGUACCCUGUUUGAUAGCCACCCUGAGGGUGGUGUAAUUGCAAUGGCAUUUUCAGGUGAUGCAAAACAUUUGGUAACUCUUGGUGCUGGAGAAAUUCAGUUUGUGUGUAUUUGGGACUGGACACAUGAAACAGAAAAACCUUUGUGGUUUACUAAACUGAGUCCUCAGCAUGGUUUUCAAAAUUCCAUCAUUUUCAAUCCAAAUGAUAGCACUCAGCUGCUCAGUCACAAUAAACAACAUGUGCUAUUUUACAGCAGGAUUGAGGAGAAUCUUGAAUACUUUUCUUCUGUGCUUGAUGAGGCCGUGGGAUCAUUCAGCCAGUCUGCGUUCCACAUGAAGCACCCUCAGGCCCUAACAGCUACUGCGAGAGGGGAAAUGUUGGUGUGGGAAAUGUCAUAUGUGAUGGGGCACAAUGGCGCAUGUCAGAGCCUUGCCAGAAAAUCCAGCCAGACCAUAAAGCUCCACAACGAUCCGAUCACUGCUCUCACAGUAACUGAAAGCUUUAUCAUAACUGGUGAUGCUCUCGGCCACAUCACCUUUUAUGACGAAAACUUCAGGUGCCUUAUUUCGUACACUGAAUCCAACCUGGAUGCUAUUGCGUCCAUCUCCAUGUCCAAGGAUUGCACAAAGGAAUAUCUGGAGGAUUGCAUUCUGAGUGACAGACCUUUUAUUAUCAGGGACUUUGUCGUGACCACAGUCAGCUUCACAGUAGUGCAUGUGAAGAUGCCGUCGAGGAGCCCUCAGAUCCUCUUUAAUAAGCACUGUGAGCCUCUGCAUGCAUUGGCCUGUCAUCCCAAACAGACUGUUGUGGCCACAGGCAGCCACAGUGGCAGUUUAAAAAUGUGGGAUUAUAACAGUAAACUGAUCGUCAGCAGCACUGUCUUUAAAUCAGAGUCAAAGAUUCAGUGUCUCACAUUUGACCCUCAAGGAUUGUACCUGGCUGUUGGCUUUGACAGUGGAGCUGUUUGCAUACUUAAUCCAGAUACUUUACAGAGUGAUCCAGAGGAGUGUUUUCAUUGCACUCAGGACAGCAUUCAGCACAUCACCUUCUCCGCAGACUCAAAAUAUCUUGCAACUGCGGAUGCUGGGAAAGCAGUGACAGUGUUCUACUUAGAACCAAAUGACACAUCUGUGCCUCGUUGGAAGUAUCUGGGCAGACACCGCUCCCACUACAAGUCCAUCAAAGACCUUAUUUUUGGUGUGCAGUCUCAAUCCAGACUACUAUCUCUGGGCAUGGACCGCAGACUGGUGGAGUAUGACCUAGACAACAGUGAUGAGAACCAGCUCCUGAUCUUGAACUCAGAGCACAUUGAGCAAAGCGCAGUGCCAACAUGUAUGACAUGGUAUCCAUCUCCCACAAGAGAGGAAUUCCUUCUCACUGCCUCAGACCAAUACAAGAUGAAGAUUUUAAACAGCACUACCAAGAAGUGCAGGAGGACACUCCUUGGCCCAACAUAUGGCUCUCCCAUCAAGAACAUAAUGGUUCUCCCUGUCUCUAAAGAAAAUGAGAGACACUCAUUUUACCUGGCUUAUAUCACAGAGGACAAGGUAGGUCUUCAGAUUCUGCCUCUUGAUGGAAACCCCUACAAGUCCACAGCUUUGAUUUGCCAUCCAAGAGGGGUUUCUGCAUUGGCCUGCUCCUACGACGGUCAGUUUGUUUUUACUGCAGGUGUGGCCGACUGCACUGUCCUGUCAUGGAAGAUAAACUUGAAUGCUUUGGAGGCAGCAGCUGCCUUGGGAGGAAAUGAUAUGGUUCCCUUUUACAAUUUUAUAGGAGGGAGAGAUGGCCAGUUCUACAAAGCAAUAGAGGACUUUUUCUAUUACUGCCAAGUCUGUCAAAAACUUGACUCAAUGGAGACACAUCAGGUAUCAACCACAAUUCCUCUGACAGCAAUUCCCUUUCUAAUGAGAGCUUUGGGCUUCUUUCCUACUGAACAAGAGCUAGAAGACAUGCAAAAUGAGGUGAAGUUCAGCAAAUAUGCAGAGACAGGAGAAUACAUGGCUGAUAUCAACCUGGAGGAGUUUAUUAAACUCUACAUCAACCAUCGCCCAGCCUUCAGCCUUUCCACUGAUGACAUCAUUCAGUCAUUUUCUGUCCUUGGAAGCCAUCAUUGUACAGCACAGCCUGUGCUACAGAUAGAUGAACUCCUGGAGCUUCUACAAGUUCAAGGAGAACCCAUGACAGAGGACGAGGUUGCAGAAUGUUUCACAACGCUUUUAGGACUGAGUGAGAACAACAAAGAUUUUUCUGAGCAUGACACAGCUACAUUAUGCAAUGGAGAGUCAGAACAUUCUCUGGAGUGUGUGAUACCAGAUCAAAUAUCUAUGGAGACAUUCACAGGACACAUCCUGGGUUUCCCAUCUUUUGCAGAGCUGAGCAGCAGCUCAUCCCCUCAGGAGUGAUGAAAACAAAACAGCUAUUUGCAAAGUUACAUCGAUGACAACAUUUCACUCUGUGUUGUAUUGGGCCAUUUCAUUUUUAUUUGAUAAUUGAUUUAUCAGGGACAGUGGUUAAUAUUGAACCUAAGAAAUGUAAAUAAGCCUGUGAACCUUGAAGGCUAAUUGUCAUUCAUUGUCCCUGGUCAUAUGUAACAUUUUAAGUGACAUCACUCAUUACAAAACAACAGCAAACAGGAAGCGAAUGAGAUGUGUAUUUCUUGUGUAAAGAACAAAUGUAUAGAUAAGCAUUGUUAUUCAAUAAAUCUAAAUAUCACAGU